AUGCGCGUCCAAGAUGGCGUAGAACAGCAGGCCGCACCGUAGUUCGAGGUUUGAAAUGUUAAAGUACUUUAGCAAUUGUUAAAGCUAUGGAAUCAGAUGGUGAUAAAGCAACCGCAGUUGGGUGUCCAUCAGAAACGGCCCUUGCAGGAAAAGCAAGUGUUUGUCAAGGAUGUCCAGGACAGUAUCUUUGCAGCCAACAAGGUGGGGUGGACCCAGACCAAGAGAUGAUUGAUUUGCGAAUGAAUGCUGUUAAACAUAAGAUACUCAUAUUGUCAGGAAAAGGAGGUGUGGGAAAAUCAAGUUUAGCUGCAACCCUUAGCAUGGCACUUGCUAACAUGGGUAAAAAGGUGGGACUUGUUGAUCUGGACAUCUGUGGUCCCAGUGUACCCAAGUUAAUGGCAGUAGCAGGGAAACAAGUCAUUAAUUCUCCUUAUGGCUGGACUCCCCUCAAAUCUCCUCAUUUUGAUGUGAAGGUCAUGUCAGUGGGCUCCCUUCUGCAGAAAACAGAUAGUGCGAUAAUAUGGCGUGGACCACGAAAAACAGGAUUAAUCAAGCAAUUUUUGAAAGAUACCUUCUGGGGAAGACUGGAUUUUCUUAUCUUUGACACGCCGCCUGGGACAUCAGACGAACAUCUCACGGUUGUCAAAGCGCUGAAGAACGUCAAUCCAAACGGUGCAAUUCUUGUCACCACGCCCCAAGACGUAGCUUUGGCUACGAUCCGUAAAGAACUCAACUUCUGCCGUAAGAUGGAUGUCAAAGUCCUGGGCAUCGUCGAGAAUAUGAGUGGCUUCGUUUGCCCUUACUGUCAGGAAUGCUCCGACCUGUUUUCAUCUGGCGGUGCUGACAAGCUCGCGAAUGAAUAUGGUCUUCGUUUCCUUGGCAAGAUUCCACUUGACCAGAACCUUUGCGUUUGCUGCGAACAAGGAUCGAACAUUUUCCAAACUUACCCAGAAUCACCCGCGGGAAAAGCACUGCAAUCUCUUGCGUCCAAGUUAACGGAAGAAUUGAAACAGGAAAUGACGUCAACGUGACGAGACAAUUUGAGGACUGUCAAUCAACUCCAGGUCUUGCAGAAAACGCUACGUGGAAGCGAAUGGGCGUGAACUGAAAAUGCUUCACGAUCAUAUAAUUAUCUACCGCCAUGAAAUUACGUGAAAACUGUGAUUUUAAAAGGACUCAUCGUUUGUCCCCGAGGAAAAGGGGACACGACAGUCGAAUGGAAGAAAUCAGCGAGUAAGCAGAAUGUGAUUUCAACCGCACGGGUGUCGUGAAGUUUUGAACAGGGUUACCCAACGACCGUUUUCUCUCGAAUGCUUUUUAAACGCUGUUUUAGGCUAUCUGGAGUACUUUUAAAGCUCUGU